AUGGCUUCUCUUUCUCCCUCAGAGAGAGAUGAGAAGCUGGGGCGGCUAUGCUCAUGUGGGAACAAUAUUUCUGCAAGAGAUACUCACCCCUGCUGCAAUGAGUGCCUCGGGCUGCAACACGCCCAAGACGCACUAGCCCCCACGGGUUCUUGCAUCCACUGCGCCCGCCUGCCCAUGAAAAGUCUCCGUCGUCGACUAGCACGCCAUGCUAGUUUGACCGAUCGAGACCCCAUGAUGGCGGCGCCUCCAGCUCCCGAGGGUCAACCUCAGGUGUCUGCAGCCAGUACCAGUGCAAACUGGGCCGAGCACAUGGAUGAAGUAUCUCCGUUGCUCGACGAGCUCGGCUGCAUGCGCGAGGAGCGGGAUGAACUCCUCGACGCGGAGCUGGAUUCACUGGACGGUUCGGACAACAUCCUCCCCUACGAGGACGAUGACGAUCCGUUCCUUCCACCGACGGAGGCAGCAAUGCCUCAAGCCCCUCGCGAGUGUAGCUCAGGCGCGGAAGGCGAGGUCGGUGGUUCCCCAGCUGCUGGUGCCAGCCUGCACGACGUAUGCAAGCGCGCCGCAGGAAAACUGGGCAUUCCAUGGCCCAGCGCUCUGCCCGAGAAGGCCGGUUCUCGGUAUGAAGGCAAGCGCUUACCCAGGGUGAAAAGUAUGGAGAGACAGGUUCUUCCGCUAUUCCCCGAGUGCCUGGAAGAAAUGACCCGCACCUGGCCGAAACCUUUCUCAUCGAAAAACCCGGUCCUGGGCGGUGCUACGCUGGACUGCGCAGAAAUGGAGGCGAAUGGACUGUCCAAUCUGCCGCAGGUGGAGCCGCUGGUCGCUCACCACCUCCAUCCUGGCCAGAAAGCCUUCAUGACCACAUCCGCGCCUAGCUUCCCGUCAAAGGCGGACGGAUUCCAGUCCUCCAUGACCGACAAGGCAUACAGAUCCGUUGCCCUCGGUGUGCGAGCUCUGAACGCAUCGUCUAUGCUGAUGGCGUAUCAGGCUGAGCUUCAGGAGGAGAUGGCCGGAACCACGGAGCACAAGCUCUGGGACGAGAUGUGCGUGGUGACCGACUUAUGCCUUCGCCUACAUCGCUGUGCUGUCCAGGCUUCAGGAAGGGCGAUGAGUAUCAUGGUCACGCAGGAGAGAGCGCGCUGGCUCAACUUGUCUAGCCUCUCACACCGCGAAAAAGUCCAGCUUCUGGAUGUUGCUGUGGAUCCAAAGGGCUUGUUCGGCCCCGCUAUGGCUGCUAUGCAAUGCCGCUGUGAGGAAAAGAAGCGGGAGGGUGAGGCUCUGCAAACCUGUCUGCCCAGGAAAGUGCACCCACCUCCUGCCUCAGCGCCCCGCCCAUCCUUUGCACAAGCGGUAGCGCGUGCUCCGCUUGGCUACAGGAUUCCAAAGCGACCCACCCCACCACAGCCCAGACCACCAGCAAAACCCAAAGCUGAGAGUGGAGGAGCAUGGGGUAACAAGCCAGCUGCACCAGUGGACCAGCACGGAAGCCGACAAGCGCCGCCUCGCGCCCGCCUGGGCCACGGGCCGAGGGCACUUCAAAACAAAAAUGCCCUAUUGUUGAAAAACAUAAGGAACACUGUGCACUUAGUGGCGCAGGGCCACAUAAGCUCUGUACCAGAGCCGGCCACGCGCGCAUGCGCAGCUGCCAGAGCGAGGCAGUGCUGCCCUCCACUAGAGGGCAGCAGUGCUCCACUGGUGGCGCUGCAGCCAGCUGUAACACAGCGAAUAGCGAGCUGGCGCGCGUGUAUCGCGUCGCAAUGGGUGCUCAGAACUGUGGAGAAAGGGUACAGGCUCCAAUUUUCACACACCCCCCCUCGAUUCUCAGACAUAAUAUGGUCACAGGCGAGGGGAAAUGCUGCCAGUUUUCUAGAAGCAGAGAUAGCCUCUCUUUUAGAGAAAGGAGCGAUUCAAGUAGUACCUCCAACGCAGAGCCGGAGCGGCUUCUACUCGAGGUAUUUUAUAGUUCCCAAAAAGGGAGGGGGCAUGAGACCUAUACUGGACCUGAGAGCGUUAAACAAACACCUCAGACAGUACAAAUUCCGGAUGCUGACUCACUCAGCACUGCUAAAGUUUGUACGCCCAGACGAUUGGUUCACCACCAUCGAUCUAAAAGAUGCAUACUUUCACAUUCCCAUUUACCCUCCCCACAGAAAGUUUCUCAGAUUCGCCUUUCAGGGGAGGACAUACGAGUAUAUGGUACUCCCGUUCGGCCUCUCUCUGAGCCCGCGCGUUUUUGUCAAAUGCACAGAAGCAGCGAUAGGGCCGCUCAGGGCGAAUGGAAUUCGUCUGGCAACGUAUUUGGACGACUGGCUUUUGGCUGCAAAGUCAAAGGAAGAAGCCGUGACACACACCGAAUACUUAAUGAGACACCUCUCAUGGCUGGGGUUUCAAAUCAACUUGGCCAAAAGUGUGCUGAACCCCAGCCAGUCAGUAACUUUCAUCGGACUGUGCCUAGACUCAGUGGCGAUGAGAGCUCGGCUUUCCCCAGACAGAGUAGAGGCAUUUCAGGCAUGCCUCGCCCAGUUUCGAAGGGGAAAUUAUGUGGAGCUGAGGAUGUGCUACAGACUUUUGGGUCUGAUGGCGUCAGCAUUGGCUGCUAUUCCCCUAGGGAGGCUACAUAUGAGGGGGUUUCAGCGCUGGGUGGCGAAACUCGGUCUGGACCCGCGAAUGUACGCACGCAGGAAAAUUAUUGUGUCAGCUCAGGGUGCGCGGACACUGCGACUGUGGAAGCAUCCGCGCUUCCUGUCACAGGGCGCACCGUUAGGCACGAUCAGUGCCAGAAAAGUAAUCACUACCGAUGCGUCUCUAUGGGGAUGGGGUGCCACCCACGAAGGGAGGUCGGUAAAUGGACAGUGGAGUCCGAGCUUACGCUUGGCUCAUGUAAAUGUUCUGGAGCUCAGGGCAGUAUGCCUGGCUCUACGUCAUUUUCUUCCGUAUGUGGAAAACUCUCAUGUGUUGGUCCGUACGGACAACACGACUGUGGUGGCUUACAUCAACAAGCAGGGGGGCUUACGCUCCCUACAACUUCACAGGCUAGCACACAGACUGAUUAUCUGGAGCAAUGCCAACCUCCUCUCACUCAGAGCAACGCAUGUGCCGGGAGUGUCAAAUCGAGGGGCGGACCUACUCUCCAGGGGCCACCCUCGCUAUGGGGAGUGGAAACUUCACCCAGACGUGGUGAAUAUGGUCUGGAAGCGGUACGGUCUCCCAGCAGUGGAUCUGUUCGCAUCCAGGGAGAACGCACAGUGCCACCAGUUUUUCUCACUGAAGGACAGGGAUGCUCCGCUGGGAGUGGACGCGCUGGCACACGAGUGGCCGCGUGCCCUCCUUUACGCUUUCCCUCCACUAGCUCUGAUAUCCCCUACUCUAAUCAGAGUGAGAGAGGCGGGUCUAUCAGUUAUUCUGAUAGCACCGAAUUGGCCACAAAAGACUUGGUUAGCGGAGAUAACGCAGAUGCUUUACGCUCAACCAUGGCCCCUCCCACUGCGCAGGGAUCUGCUCUCGCAGGCGCGGGGAGAAAUCUUUCACCCUCACCCAGAGCGCCUAGCUCUCUGGGCUUGGCCCGUGAAGGGUUAAAUUUGACGUCAUGUGGGCUGCCUCAGAAUGUAGUAGCUACCAUCCAAAGUGCUAGGGCACCGUCCACACGCACUUUGUAUCAUGCUAAGUGGCGUGUGUUUGAGGAUUGGUGUACUGACACAGAUGAAGUGCCAUACCAAUGCUCUGUAAGGAGUGUUUUGUUAUUUUUACAAACACUUCUUGAAAAUGGUAGAGCUUUUUCCACUAUCAAAGUGUAUCUAGCUGCUAUUUCUGCGUGUCACGUAGGACUUAAUGGCAAAACGUUGGGGCAACACCCCCUCAUUUGUCGAUUUAUGCGCGGGGUGCGUCGCUUGCGCCCUGUAUCAAAACCUUUAUCUCCUAAGUGGGAUUUGCCUCUGGUACUAGAGGCUUUAUCCGGACCUCCAUUCGAACCUUUACUGGAGGUGGAUUCGAAGAUGCUUUCACUUAAAACAGCACUGCUUAUGGCGCUCGUGUCUGCCAAACGAGUUGGCGACUUACACGCCUUUUCAGUGCAUUCUUCGUGUAUGCAAUUUGGUCCAGGUGACUCUAACGUUUCUCUGCGACCUAACCCAGCGUACAUUCCUAAGGUUAUGGACACGUCUUAUUCGUGUCUUCCGUUGGAGCUCACUGCUUUUCACCCACCGCCGUUUUCGUCUCCGGAACAGCAGCGGUUACAUAUGCUAUGUCCUGUGCGCGCUUUGAGAGCGUAUCUGACCAGGACCAUGUCAUUCAGGAAAUCAGAUCAACUAUUUAUUUCCUGGUCCGGGUCUCAUAAGGGCAAGCCCAUUACAAAACAGCGUCUCUCACACUGGAUUGUAAAAGCUAUAGGCUUGGCCUAUUCAGCAAAAGGGUUGAACCCCCCCGAUGGUCUGUGUGCGCAUUCUACGAGGGGUAUUGCCACAUCAUGGGCUCUUUUUAAAGGGGUGUCCUUACAAGAGCUAUGUGCGGCCGCUUGUUGGUCAUCACCUACAACCUUUAUGAGGUUCUACAGGCUUGACGUUACUUCAUCACGUUUGGCUCAUGCUGUUUUGAGCACUAGCUCAGCGCUGGCUCAAGACGCGCCAGUCUGAUGUCAGGUCAAGCAGCGUCUAGGUUGGCUUGUCCGGCAAUA